AUGCUCCAUCUAGUUUAUGUGGAUUACUGGCUUAGAAAUACCUUGGGUGCUUUAUUAACUUUUGAGUUUGUGGGUUUGAAUUAUCGAGACUUGCCGAAGCAAAUACAUGAAAUCAAGGAUUUCCUCCUCACUGCAAGGAGGAAGGAUGCUCGCUCUGUGAAGAUCAAGAGGAGCAAAGAUGUUGUCAAGUUCAAGGUUCGCUGCUCCAAGUAUCUGUACACUCUUUGUGUCUUUGACUCAGAGAAGGCUGAUAAGUUGAAGCAAUCACUUCCUCCAGGUUUGACCGUCCAGGACCUGUAA